UGGGUUGGUCUAGCCUUUUUGACUUCAUGUAACCUUUCGUUGUACACAUCAGCUUGGUUACCCUGAUACGUUGAUUGCUUAAAAUUUUACGAGCCGUCUGUCAAGAGCUGGUCUUCGUGAGCUGGUGGGAAAACAAGCCGGCUGUGACGCUCGCCCCAUGCUUGCUUGAGGGCUCCUUUCACAAUGUCGUCUCCACCGACACGUUACACGCGCAACCCGCAGCUAAGGCGCCCGUCCCUCUCGACGCCAACGCCGCCGCCGCCAUCCUCCUCAAGUACAGCCCCCGCAUCCUCAUCUGCGACUCCCAUCCCCGACGACGCGCCCGACGCCGACGACAACGAUGGAUCUCCACCGUCUCCCGACCUACCACUGACCAUGUCGGCGUCGGUGAUGCUGACGCAGCUCCCGCGCGACGCCACCGCCGCGCUGGCGACGGCGGGCGAGUUCCCCGCAGACCAAAAGGUUGUGGUGCGUUUCAAACCGGUCGGCGGCAGCGCGCCGGCGCUGAGGAAGGAGCUGUGCAAGAUCAGCGCCGCGCAGCGGUUCGAGGCGGUGGUCGCGUAUCUGCGACGUACUCUCAAGGUUGGCAAUGGCGAGAGCGUGUUUCUGUACAUCAAUUCGACGUUUGCGCCCGCCCUGGAUGAAAUCGUCGGGAAUCUGCACCGGUGCUUCAAGGAUUCGAACGGCCAGCUCAACGUAUCUUACUCCAUGACUCCUGCCUUUGGGUAGCGGGGCUUUACGGUAGUUCCGGGGAAGAACUCUAAGCUUGCAGCACUCUUGGUGAAAAGACAACACCUGCUAAGAUGGUCUAUUAAACGCCUAUAUCUUUGCCUUCCCGCGACUAUAGACAGGCUGAUCGGCGCAUCGACGCAUGUAAAUGGCCGCAAAACAAGGUAAUCACGCGCAGCAACGCCUCUCGAGUCUAUUCCAAGCUCUUCUCGCCCUCGAUCACGGCUUUGAACGCAGCCAGCUCUUCGCUCGGCAUCGGAUACGUAUGCUCAGGGCCAGGAUAGGCUCUGCUCUUAACCUCAUCCCGAUAAGCCUCGAUCGCCCUCAUCGACUCUCCCCAAACAUCUCCGUACUUCUUGACGAACUUGGGUAGGAAGCGACCGGGUGGGAAGUUCCCCGUCAUAUCAAUCUGCACCAGAACCUGUCCGGAACAGCCAUUGCCCGCGCCGAUACCAAUCGUAGGUAUGGACAGCUUCUUGGUUAAAAGGGCAGAAACCUCAGCGGGGACAGCUUCGACGACUGUUGCAAAGCACCCGGCUUCCUGAACUGCGAGGGCAUCUUGCAGGAGGGAUUGGGCAGCAGCAGAUGUUUUGCCUUGGACUCGGAACCCACCCAGCGAGUGUUGGCGUUGGGGGGUCAGGCCAAUGUGGCCCAGGACGGGAAUGCCAGCACCGGUGAUUUUGCGGAUCGUCGGUGCCAUCUCUCGGCCGCCUUCGAUCUUAAUGCCCUGCACCCGGCCUUCCUUAACGAAGCGAAUAGCUGUCUGAAGGGCCUGUUCGGGUGAGACCUCAUAGGAGCCCAUAGGAAGGUCGCCAAUCUUGGUUGUUAUGUUAGCAUGAGAAAUGUUAUUAGGUCGGGUGAUACAUGCCAGGCAUAUAGAGUGGGGUCGAAGUUGACUUACAGUGAAUGCGGAUUUUGUGGCCCUUGCGACCGAACGGCAGUGCAGCAACAUCUCGUCCAACACGACCUCGCUGGUAUCCUCCAUACCCAGGGCAACCAUGGCCAGGCUGUCGCCCACGAGGAUGAUGUCCAUGCCGGCAGCAUCGGCGACAUGGGCGCUGGGAAAGUCAUGCGCCGUCAUGACAGUGAUUGGUUCCCCUUUUUUGUAGAGGGAACGCAGGGUGCCGAGGGUUACCUUCUUGCGCUGGUUGGCAAUAGGUGCGCCCAUUGGGGAAUGCGAGCUAUGUCUGCAUUGUUGCUGUUGUUGUGGUUUCUGCGAGGCUGCAGUAGACACCUGGUCUGGGUGGUUUGAAGGCCUUGCCGGCGAGACUGCGAUGCUGCUCAAAGUGCGGCAUGGCUGUUGUGUCCUGGGCAAGUUGAUCGCGCGACCCCUGACCAAUGUGGAAGCCACUGAGGCACACGACCGGGCCAGGGCCGUUGUGGCUGCGGGAGGGUGCAUGUUUAAGGUACUUGGGGUUACGUGCGCAACUUGCAGUGGUGGGAGGUACCGUGUACUUGGAGAAAAGCACGUGCUCAAGAGUACAGGUGCACAAAAAAUGAACUUGCUGUGUGUAAACGUAAUUUACUCUCAAGUUGCAGCCCAAGUUUUCCUGCUCUCAAAUUUGAAUUUGAGUGACAGGAUAUUGGAUCAAAAGAAGAGAAAUACAUGACAGGAAAUUUUUUCUGGGGCUUGGCCACAUUUUGUUCUUUAAUAACUAAGGUCAUGAUGAUUUUUGCA